AUGAAGGUGUCCAGAUUGAUCCCCCUACUAAGCUUACUAUCAUGUCUCGAAGCAGCACCGUCGCCAGGUCGUCCUCCCAAAAAGGCCUUUAGUUUUUCCAAAAUUACCAAGAUUGUAUCCUUUGGCGACUCAUGGACAGACACUCGCUUUGAUAUCUCUGGUCAACAGCCCUCUUCCUCCAACCCGAUAGGAAACACGGGCAAGACAAGCUCCAAUGGCAAAAUGUGGCCUAUGUACCUGACCACCCAGUAUAAUGCGUCCUCCAUUCUACUCUACAACAUGGCUGUAGGUGGUGCAGUGGUCGACAGAGAUAUCGUCACGACUGGCCCAAAUGACGUGGAUACGCAAGUCCACAACAAGUUACAGAUCUAUGUAAACCAGCACCCAAACCCUUUCCCGCCAAAAGAAACACUUUGGACUAUCUUCAUAGGCAUCAACGACAUCUACCGGACCAUAAAUGAGGAUGAUCAAGAAGAGACUAUUGUCGCAAUCAUUGCGCGCAUUCGCCAGCUCACUCUUGAUUUGUAUAGCUAUGGUGCUAGGCAAUUUCUCUUCGUUUCAACGCCCCCGCAAUCUCUGUUCCCAAACAACAGGCCCAAAGACAUUGCACCCAAACUCGAAGCUGCUAGCCAAAGCUGGAACAAGAAACUCAAGAAGCUCGUGCAUGACUUGGACCAUAAGCUCAAGCAUAGUACCUUUUUCUUCUUUGACAUUGUUCCUCUGAUCACAGCUGUUACAGAGGACCCUUCACAAUUUCCUGAAACAGCCAUUUACAAGAGUAACGCCUUUUGCGCCGACUACAAAGCAGGAACAACUGUACCAGAUUUCAAGUCAGAGACUUGUGAGUUCAGCGCGUUGGAAUACAUGUACAUUGACGGAGCACAUCCAACACAAGCAUUCCAUCAAAUCCUUGCCAAAAAGAUUUCGGAGCAACUUUCAGCAGGAAAUUCCAUCAGCUAG